GUAGCAACAUAGCAUCAUGUGCAGUGGAUGCCAUAGCCACCAAGCCUGCUGUUACUGAGGGAUCAAGUGCCAGCAUGCCAUAGCUCAUAGACAGUGUCGUCACCCUCUACUUGAAACCCUCAAACAUGUAUAUGAAGACUGGAACUAAAGAGAAACAAAUUUCCCGACGUCUUGUUCUGAAACAUGGACAAAAACGGGUCACGGUUAAACGGCAAAGGUCGUAUAAUCUCAUGCUUGACUCUGCCUGCAAACAUUUCCCAAACAUUCCGAAAGAUGUGGUCAUAUUUCAGACCAAUCAGCUCGAUAUUUGCGAUGGCUACUAUGUGGACAUCACGGCUGAGAUAUGGUCCGAUGUCAUUGACUUGCUUAACAUCGUUGAAGUGACGCAGCGCGCGGAAAUGACAUUGCCCAUCCCACUGCCACUUGAUGCUUCGGCUAUUUCACUGCCUGACAAUCAAUCGGCACCAAGUCAGGUUAACGAACAGGACAGCUCGUACGCACCUAAAAUAUUCUACAAGUGUUUCCAGUACUGAAGUUGAGACCACAUAGCAGGAACAAUGACAAAGUCACAAUCAAACUUGUUUUUCCAUCUGGCGAGAUCCAGACUGCUAAAAUCCCGAGGGAGAUGAAG